AGUACAGACUGAAGAUACCAGAAAUCCUCAAAAAUGCAAGUGAUCCUUUGGAGCCUGUGUUUUCUAAAUCUCGUCCGGGCAGCACCACAAAAAGAAGGUAACAAAGAUCAUGUUCCAGUUCAUCACUUUGACAAGGGAAAUAAGCAAGAGAUAUCUCCUAAUGCGAAUGUUAUCCAGGAAAGUAACAAAUCCCAAGAUGUUUCUUCUAGCAAACAAAUCCUGAUUAAAGACCAAGACACUGCCAGUAGCAAGACUUUCCAUUCUGACUUUGAGGAUACCAUUUACACUGGGUUCACUGGAAAUGCAAAAGCUGACUAUGGGGAGAGUGUUAGUAAGAAUCGACCUGAACCAGAAGCACAUGGUAUCAUUCUCAUUAACAAAAAUGUCCAACAGGGUAGAAAACAUGCAAGUGCUUCAAGACUCUGGGCAGUAGAAGAAGAUAAAGAAGACAAUAAGAUCGGGAAUUCCAUAGACCAUAAGCUUGAAGGAACUAAGUAUCUUGAAGCUCAUGGCAAAGGAGAUGAAAAUAUUGCUAAUAACCAAAGAGGUAACCAAAAGCAAAAUAUUCCAAGAGACCAGAGAACCAUAAGUCAUGCCCAAUAUUCCACUGAUUACUCAAAACUGUCUCCAAAACACAUAAAGUUUCCAUAUGAUUUUGACGGCAGUGGUCAAGGAAAAGAGGACAAUGACUUUUCUCCUUCCAGUCAAGAAAUGAUUGUUCCUGACACAGAAACCACAGAUGAUUACACAAAUGUUCCAGACCCAGACAAAGCUAAUGCCAUUAACAGCAACUCUAAAUUUCUCAUAGGAAAGGAAGCCAAUAACGAAGUCCCAGAGAAAGAGGAAUAUGACUUGAAUUCCAAGGGUGGAAAUUCCACUGGAGACGUCAGAAGUGAUGUCAGUAAAACAUCAAGAAAAGAGAAAAACAUCAUUGAUAAGCAAAUUCUAAAAGGCAACAAUGUCAUCAGAGGGAGUUCAAAUUAUAGGGAACUUCCUGGAAAAGAAGGAGAUGGUAUUGAUGCCAACACAGGAGAUGCUUAUCAAGGGAUAGUCGGAAUUCGUCACUCUCAAGGAUCCUUGAAAAAGCAAAGCAUUAUUGGUCAACAUGCUAGGAAAGGGAGUAAUGAUAUAAUUGAAGGCAAAGGCAUUUCUAAAUAUGGCAAAGAUAAUACUAAGGCAGGUGAAGGAAGUUCUAAGAGAGAACAAAAGACCAAAAAUGAUAAAGACAAAAAUUUGAGUGAAGGAAAAAGUCAAGGCCUACUUAUUCCUUCUCCUAGUCACACCUACCCUUUAAAAGGAGAAAAUGAAAUUAAAAAGGAGAUAAAUCUUCACUAUGGCUACAAUAAAGAGAGAAGUAUCACGAAAAUUCCUAGUGAUAUCAGAAAAAACCAUUAUGCAGCACAUAGAAAGGUCAGCUCUACCAAGAGUCACCAUGUGUACGGAAGGAAAAGAGUUUGGCAUCCUAUAAAAGCCCAUUCCAGUAAGAAGUUUAAACCCCCUAAAAGAAAUGAUAGCAGUGAUUCAUCUGACAGUGACUCAAGUGACAGUGACAGUGAUGAAUCCACUGAAUAUUUUCAAAGUGGUAGUGGUAAUUAGUCACCAAUUAGUUUGGGGAGAUUAGAGCCAUCUGACCAUGAAGACAGUGAUCAAUUAUUUGAUUAGGGCACUAGGUCUUCUCAGGGCAAUUUCCAAUACUAUAAUUACAGGCAAUAAGAGAAUCUUUUCAAAAUUGAAUAGUUUGAUUUUGAUUUCUUUAAAAGAGAAAGCCAAUAUAGAUUUAAUGGUUCAAGUAGGUAAGAUUUCACUUUAUUUUAUUGUUUGCCUAGGUCUUAUAA